AUGUUGAGUGCUCGUCUCAUUCCUGUGAGGAUAGGUCAACGUUUCUGCUCGGCUACCGCACAACUAAGCUCCGAACUGAAGACGAAAAUUGAUGGAAUAAUCAAGAAAGACCCGGUUGUCGUAUUCAUGAAGGGCACGCAAAAAGAGCCGAUGUGCGGAUUUAGUCGAAAUGUGAAGCUCGUUCUGGAUCAUCAUCAAGUCACAUUUAAAGAUUACAACGUUUUGGAGGACUCAGAGCUUCGUGAGGGAAUCAAGAAGUACUCGGAUUGGCCCACUAUCCCACAGGUUUAUGUGAAAGGAGAAUUUGUUGGUGGUGCGGAUAUCCUCAUUCAGAUGCACAAAGAUGGCGAGAUCAGCGACUUCUUUGAUGGAAAGCAAGUGCCAAACAAAUAUGGAAAUCAGAAAUUAACC